AUGGGUACGGGACCCCAGCAGGGGCAGCAGCCGGCCUCGUCUAUGUUGCAGUGCGCCUCGGCGGUCAUGCCGCUGCAUGCCCAGGCGGCCAAGGCGCCGCUCGUCCAGGCGGCUACGACGCAGCACGCCCAGGCGGCCACGGUGCGACACGCCCAGGCGGCCACGACGCAGCACGCCCAGGCGGCCAAGACGCAGCUCGCCCGAGCGGCCACGGCGCUGCACGCCCGAGCGGCCACGACGCAGCUCGCCCAGGCGGCCACGACGCAGCACGCCCAGGUGGCUUUGCCGCAGCACACGCAGCACACCCAGGCGGCCACACAGCAGCAGCGCCCUGGCGACGGCUCUUCAGAGGCCAUGCAGCAGUCGGCCGUGGCGGGGUCCGGCUCGCUGCAGCGACGGCCCAGCGAGGACCCCGAGGAGGCGAUGCCUGAGACAGUGGCUCUGCCACCUCGGGUGGAUGGUCUGCUCGGGGCGUUGAUGCCGCCCCCACGGGCGGAGGAGGAGCUUUCGUCUUCGUCACUGUCGCCUCUGAAGAGGGGUUCGCCGCGGGUGGAGUCUGUUCAGGGGGCUUCACCGACACCUCCCCCUGGUGCACUGAGCUCUUCAUCUGCUUCGACAGCCUCUUCGUCAAGAUCGGCUUCACCGUCGCCGGUACCUACCUUGCAGCAGCCUCCUCCUCCUCCUCCUCCUCCUGUCGUUCAGCCGAUGGUGAGACGGAGUGGGAGGCAUGCACUUGCGGAGGAUGGAUCAGGGGCUACGGACGAGGACGUCAUGCAGCGUGCCAUGCGAUGCAAGGCGGAGAUGAACCUUGAUACAGCUGGUAUGAAACAACCUUCCAAGUCUUUUAUUUCUUUUCCAGAUUCACGUAUUUCAUCUAAUUUGAGUAGUCUUGGGGCCUCAUUGGGUAAUACAUCUGAUGAGAUCUCGGUUUCGGCUAAUGUGUUGAGACAGAUGGAACUUGACCGUUUAACGGUUGUUUCGAACGUUUCCACUGGGCCUGAAACUUCCAUCAUAGCCGAUGAUGAAGAGGAUGACAUCCUAGAUGGUCAGCUUCUCUCGGGUAUCAUUGGUAAUAUCUUAGAGGUCGACUUAGAACACUCGGAGCUUAGUUCAGUUUAUGACCUAAAAGCUUCAGCACGUGGUUCUAGGUCGUCACCUGGUAAGAAGUCUCGUAGAUAUUGCAAGAGGUCUAAAUCUAAAAUAGUUUCUCAAUGA